AUGGGCACUUUGGUUCUGGACAUUCAAGGUCAAGUGCUCUCAGCUACAGGUGCAUUACGUGGAAACGCCGGAGAGAUAGCAGCUGAGACGAUCUACUCGAUGCUACAGGACACAAGCAGUGUAUUGGAUACGAGUCAGAAGGAGGAAUUAAGACGCAUGACCAUCAAUUUUCCGACCUAUGAUUACGUGGUGACGCUGGAUACGGAGCAAGUUUACGUGAUCAAGCGCAGUAUUGUUCAGGAAUAA